ACUCAAAAGUCCGAGGAGCACGCGAACGCAGCAUUCGUCUGUAGUUGGCAUGAAAACUUCAGUUCUCAGAGAAAUUCAAUGGGAAGCUGAACGCUGACAAUGAAGCUCCGCUGAAAAGUGCAGAAAGUGUUUGGAGUAAGACUUCUGGAGACAGCUGGAUCCCUUUUUUCCACAUUUUUGGUCGAAAACUAUUCAUUGAGCAGAGAUGAUGUCUGACGCCAGCGAGAUGUUGGCAGCAGCCUUGGAGCAAAUGGAUGGGAUCAUAGCAGGCUCCAAGGCCAUGGAUUACUCCAACGGGCUGUUUGACUGCCAGUCGCCCACUUCACCCUUCCUGGGUGGCCUCCGAGUGCUGCACCUGCUGGAGGACCUGCGGGCGGCGCUGGAGCUCAUGGACAACGAGGAGAAGGACAACCUGCGAUGUCAGAUUCCUGAUUCGACGGCAGAAGGGGUGGCAGAGUGGCUGCAUGGACGAAUGACUAAUGGCCAUGGCUCAGAAGCAGUUUACCAAGAACGCCUGUCACGACUGGAGAGCGACAAAGAGUGUCUUAUUCUCCAGGUAAGUGUUCUAACAGACCAGGUGGAGGUGCAAGGUGAAAAGAUUCGGGACCUAGACACUUGUCUUGAGCAUCAUCGUGAGAAACUAAAUGCUACUGAGGAGCUGCUUCAACAGGAGCUGUUGAACCGGACAGCGCUGGAGACCCAGAAGCUGGAGUUGAUGACCGAAGUAUCAAGUCUAAAGCUGAAGUUGACUGCUGUGGAGAGAGAUCACAGGGACAAUGAGGGCUUGUACCAAGAAGUAACGGACCUGCGGUUCAGAGUGACUGACAUAGAGAAUGAAAGACUGCAGUGUGAGAAGAAACUCAAAGCUACUAAAGAGGAGCUCCAGCUUUUGCAGCAGCAGCUGGAGGAGCGGGAGGUGGAGCUGAGGAGGCUGAAGGACGAGAGCAGACUGAGGGUGGAGAGCCACAACAGAGCUGACGGAGGAGAGAGAGAUACAGAAAUGUUGAAGAUGAAGAGGGUGUUGGAGUCACUGACGUCCGUCAACAAUGAGAAGGAGCGACGAAUAAAAGAGCUGGAGGAGUCGCUUACAAAAUGCAAGAAAGUGCAGGAGCUGGUCAAAGAGAAGUUGAAGGAAGACGACUAUGACGAUAUCCCAGAUGAUCCCUCACUUCCUGUAGCCAUGGAGGUGGAUCAGGUCACUCUACCGUUGGAGGGGGAGGCAGGAAGGAGCUCUGGCGAGUCAAUUCCAUGUAUAGCAGUGUUGUCUGAAAUGAAUGAACUGGACAGAGAACGACAAUUACAGGCAGCAGAAAGUUCCUCAGACGUCCCACAGCCGGGCAGCACUGACCAGACUAAAGAUAAAGCAAGAUCUGGUUCCUCCUCUCCAAAAGCAAACGCCACAAGUGAUGACAGUUUUGGUACCAAGAAGGCCCGCGCCUCCUUCGGUCGUGGCUUCUUCAAACUGCGUGGAGGCAAGCAGACGGCCAGUGCUCCAAAUCUGGCUGAGACAGAUCGUAAAGGCACAGAUCACCUGGACUUGGCUGGUGCUCCUUCACGGAAAUCCCAGGAUGGAGCUCCUCCGUCCUCCUCGCCAGAAACCAAAAAGAAGUCCAAAGGCUUUAAGAAAUUCUUUGGCAGGCUAAAGAGGAGUCACUCCACCUCCUUCAACCUCGACGAUGCUGCAGAGAUGGAGUUCAGGAGAGGCGGAGUCAGAGCCACAGCCGGCCCUCGUCUCGGCUGGUCACGUGAAUUGAAAAACAAUGCUGUUGAUGUUCCUUUCUCACGGUGGAGUAAAGACGAGGUGUCCGAGUGGAUGCAUGAGCAGGGCCUUGGUUUAUAUGUCGCCCAAGGCCAGAGCUGGAUCAAAUCUGGACAAACACUACUGCAGGCUUCACAACACGAUCUGGAGAAGGAGUUGGGCAUGAAGCAGCCACUACACAGGAAGAAGCUCCAGCUGGCCCUGCAGGCUCUCGGGUCAGAGGAAGACGAUCUGAAGGGCAAACUGGACCACAACUGGGUGACCAGAUGGCUGGACGAUAUUGGCCUCCCGCAGUAUAAAAGUCACUUUGAUGAAGCUCGGGUUGAUGGACGCAUGCUGCACUACAUGACAGUGGAGGACUUGCUGUCUCUGAAGGUGGGCAGUGUUCUCCAUCACCUCAGCAUCAAGAGGGCCAUUCAGGUUCUCCGCCUCAACUCCUACGAACCCAGCUGUCUCAGGCGACGACCCUCUGAUGAGAACAACAUCACACCGGCAGAGAUCUCCCAGUGGACAAACCACAGAGUAAUGGAGUGGCUCCGCUCCGUAGAUCUGGCAGAAUACGCCCCGAAUCUGAGAGGCAGCGGUGUUCAUGGAGGGCUGAUGGUGUUGGAGCCUCGUUUCAACGUGGAGUCGCUCGCCCUUCUGCUCAACAUCCCUCCCAACAAAACCCUGCUGAGACGCCACCUGGCCACACAUUUCCACCUGCUCAUCGGCUCCGAGGCCCAGCGGCUCAAACAGGACUGUCUGGAAAACCCCGACUACACCGUCCUCACCGCCACCGCCAAGGUCAAGCCAAGACGGCUGUCAUUCGGCGGCUUCAGCACUCUCAGGAAAAAACGCCAUGAUGACAGCGAGGAGUACGUCUGUCCCUUAAAUGUGGAAAUGCCCAAAAGCAGCAGCUUCCAGAGGGGCGUCCAGAUCUACGAGGAAAACUUUGACCACCUGGAACAGAUGGAAGACUCUGAAGGGACUGUUAGACAGAUAGGAGCAUUUUCUGAGGGAAUCAACAAUCUGACGAGCAUGCUGAAGGAAGACGAGCUUUUCCAGGAGGUCUCUGUCUGCCCUCCAGAGGUUCACGUUGCAGAAACCGACGCCAACUCCAACAUCUGAUUGAGACACCGAGCUCCGUGUCACUGUUCUCACCCGGCUUUGUGAAAAAAAGAACAAACUGUGCCAAUCGCUCCACCUCCCACCAACCUUUACAGUAAACAUGUGAGACCGCUGCUUUUCCAGUAUUCUCAUCAUCAAGCACAGCCAUAGCCUCCAUCAACAUAUAUAUUUAUUGAAGCCAAACUAUAAUGCAUGACCUGGAAAUGCGAGAUUUUUAUUCCGUCAGUGUACCUCUUUCUGCAUUUAUUUUAUUAUUCAAGCAUUUGUGUUUUCAGUAAUCAGUGAGGUGAGCAUACUUUGUUUUUUCCUCUCCCUUAUUUUAAGGACUUAUCCUCAGCUGUAUUACUGCUCUUUGAGUGUAGCACUGAACGGUUUUCAUGUCCACGGCUGCAGUCAGAUUCAUUCAUUUUUCGUUUUGUGGUACGUUCAUUUGCUUCAUAUUAUUGUAAAGGGUGAGUUCAUUGAAAUAACAGAAAACAUUUUCUCACUUUCUCUCCUUGUAUUUAGCCAUGCAGAUAAUUUUGAGUUGCUUGGCCGGGUUUUAAGGAUUUAUCCCAAGUCUAAGAGUUCUGCUCCAAUACAACAGAGAUGAAUGAAAUUUGAAUGUGUGGUGCUCAUAUCUUUAGUAAAUUACAGAAACACAUGGUGUGUCUUCUGCAGAGUAUUCAGAGUAACAAGGACAUUGUUUCUGAAAAGGGAGAUUGCUGUUGAAGUUGAAUUUUUCGAAGCGCACCACAAACCAAAUUCCAUUCACAUCCACUGUAUUGGGUUGGAAACAGAAGUCAAUCAAGUAAAUAUCUGAAAACCGAAGCAAAUAAAAUCAAAACAGUGUGGCUAGAUACUGGAGGAACUGAGAAAAUGUUUUUUUUGUAAUUUGGCUCACCUGAUCCCGUAAAGAAAUGGUUUGACAUUAUGUGAAUACACUUAUCCAGCCAUUUACUGAGAGUUAGAUGAGAAGACACUACCUUCAUGUCUGUGCCUUUUAAAUAUAAAGCUGGAGGCGAUUAUAUUAGCUUAGCAUAAACACUGGAAACAGGAGAAGUUCAAAAAUACACCUACCAGAAAUUCAAAUUAACAUGUUUUAUCUUGUUUAUUUAAUCCAGAUACAGUUCACCAAUAAAUUGUUACAGCAUAUAACUCCCCCUAAAACCACACCUUUUUGUUUUUUGUGUGGAUGAAGCGAACAAACUAUAACAUGUUAACUGGUGAACUUUAGAGUAGUUUGUAGGCAGAUUUUUUUAUCCUAGUUUGGACAGAUCCAGAUUAGCUGUUUCCCUGUUUCCAGUCUUUAUGCUAAGUUAAGCACCUCCUGCUUCCAGCAUUGUACUUAACACACAGACAUGGAGGUAGUAUCAAUCUUUUGGCAUGAAGAGUGAAUAAAUAUCAUUUCCCAAAAUGCUGGAACCAUUACUUAAAAGAAACAGCAUGAUUGAAAGUAAACAUGGAAACCAAAGUCGUCGUUUUUUUGGAAGGAAUUAUCCAAAUCUAUAUUGUCAUUCAUACCAAUUAUGGUUUUAUUCUGUUGUUUUUAAAUUUUUUGGUAAUAAAAAUUAGAAAAAGCAUUUUCUCUUUUGAAAAAUUGUCUUUACUCUCAGUAGCAUCUCCUUUUAAACAGCCGAGGAAAAUACUACGACACCAUUAUAAUCAAACACUUGUAGAUGAGGAUGAUUUAUAGGUUUGACAGAGUCCUGUCGCUCCAUCAUAACACAAGAUAAUUAAAUAAUUGAAGCAUCAAUAAUUCAGUAGCAAUUGAUUUUAUGUUGCAUAUCCAAACACAAGUAGCAGCUGUUGCCAGACUUAAAGCAAAGACAUCGCAUAAGUAACCACAUCACGUUCAACAAACAACUGAGAACAUGUUUUUGCUAAUUAUUGACACCUUUGACGUGACAAUUUUGACACUGCUUAACAACAGAUGAACAGCAGGUAACACAUUGUCGAAAGCCAUAAUGGAAUAAUUAAUACAAUUCUGUAUAAAUGAAGUAAGUGCUCACAAUUCUCUUAACAGUGCAUAAAAAAAAAAAAAAAAAUUUUU